AUGACGUCAUUCCCUCGCCGCGCCUUCCCGUCCUCCCUCCCCCUCCUCUCACUCCUAACCCUCAUCGCCCUCCUCGCGCGCAUCGCCCUCCUCCGCGGCGCGGAAGCCUACAACGGUUCGAACCCCCCGGGGUGCGUCGUGAAGAUGGCGGACAGCGACCGGGAGGCCAUGCGCGCGGUGUAUGCGGCGCUGCCCCAGGGCAUGUUCUUCUGGUACGACAGCCCAUCCUCGAAAGAGCUCUUCGACAGGAGUGGCAACCUCACGUACAACUGCUGUGCGCCAGCCAGCAUGAGGCCCCCGUCGUGCCUCAUCUGGUGUCAAAUCGAGUGCACAGCCGCCGGGCGCAUCACCGGCAUCUACUCCGACCCCAGUCUCUAUGACAUGCCCGGGCCCACCGGGUAUCUCGGAGGGAGCUGCCCGCCCGGCGCGCUGUCGCCCGCCAUUGGCGACCUCGCGGAGCUCUCCUCGCUGGUGUUGCGCCACUCGUGCCUCGCCGGCGACCUGCCGGACUCCGUCACGCGCCUCCAGAAGCUGACGGAACUCGACGCGCCCGAUAACAGCUUCUCCGGCCCCAUCCCGCCUGGGCUCUUCCGCCUGCCCGCGCUCCGCCACGUGGAUCUGAGCACCACCAUUGGCGGCGGCCUUUCAGGGCCCCUUCCCGACGGGCCCGAUGCGUACUCCCCGUCGCUGGAAACGGUUCGCCUUUCCGCUCACAACAUCUCGGGGGAGCUUCCGCUCGCGAUUUUCCGCGCGCCUGCGCUGCGCGAGUUGCGCCUCGAGGCCAACAACCUCACGGGGGAGCUCCCGGGGGAGGCGGGGGCGUAUUCGCGGAGCAUCGUCGCGCUCUCCCUGCGCAGCAACGGGCUGACCGGCGGCAUUCCAGCGGCGCUGGCGGAGAUGACGGCGCUGACGGAGCUGAACCUGGGGGACAACGGCCUGACGGGGUCCAUCCCAACGGCCAUCGCCACUCUCUCGCCGCUCAAACGCCUCACGCUCGACCAGAACAGAUUGACCGGAGACAUCAUCGCUGCGCUAGUUCCUGCUUCCGCUGCGACUGCUGCUCCUGACGCUGCUGCGUCUGCUGGUCUCCGCACGGCGUUCCCGCUGCUCAACUUCCUGGACGUCAGCAGCAACCAGCUCUCUGGCGACGCGGCCGCGCUCGCGCCUCUCCCGCGCGGCCUGAGCCACCUGAACGCGUCGCGCAACAACCUCACGUGCAGUGCCGGCAGCACCUUCGUCGCGACCGUCGUGGACCUCUCGCACAACCGCAUCGCCGGCGCGUUGGCGGAAGUCAUGCGCAACGUUGGCGGGAGCGUGCUGCUCCUGGCGCACAACGAGCUGUCGGGGAGCGUCCCCGCGGACCUGCUUUCCGCCGUGCGCGCCGAGCUCGACCUCUCGCACAACCUGCUCUCCGGCACCGUUCCCCCCCUCCGCGGCCCCAGCACGCGCAUCGACCUCUCGUACAACAACCUCACGGGCGAGCUCCCGCGCGACGCGGACGCGUACCUGUACGAAAACCCCUCGUACGACAACCUCCCGUACAACAGCCUCGAGUCGCUCUCGCUGCGCGGCAACGGCCUGACCGGCGCGAUUCCGCCGGCGCUGGCCCAGGUGAUGCGCGCGCUCACGCACCUGGACCUGGGGGAGAACCGCCUGUCGGGUGCGCCCACGGCGCUCGCGUCGCUGCGCGGGCUGGACGUGGUGCGCCUCGACGGCAACGCGCUGAGCGGGCCGUUCUGCGACGCGCUGCUGCCGGCGCGCGAGCUCUAUCUCGGCUUCAACGCCUUUGGCGGCGGCGGGGGCAGCGGCGCGGAGGAGGAAGGGGGACAGCCGGGGGAGGGCGAUCUGCAUGGGUGCGUGGUGCCCGCGCAGGUGGAGGUGCUAAGCGCGCCGCACGCGGGGCUGAGGGGGAGCGUUCCCGAUAACCUGUUCCUGCGAGUGGACGAGCAGUGGGGGCGCAUUGUCAUGGGGUCGCCAGCACGUGUGUUGCAAGCGCAGAGCCUGCACGUCAACCUCAGCCACAACUGCCUCACGGGCAGCCUGAAAGCCUUCUCCGUGAUCCGCAACGGCAGCCUGGACGUGUCGCACAACAAUUUCACGGGCAGCAUUCCCGAGGGGUUGUUCCGCCUGGCGAGCACCAGGGGGCUGGAGCGCGGGGCGAACGUGAGUGUGGAGGGCAGCAGGGCGGGAGGGGAAGGGCGAGGGCGAGGGGUGGUGGACGUGCGGUUCAACGAGCUGUCGGGGCCUCUGUUUGACGCGCGCAGGGACGCGCAGGGGCCCACGGACUGGAGCGUGCUGCGAGUGAGCGGCAACAGCGCUGCCAUGAAGGGCGCCGUGGGCGCGGGGUACCUCCCUGCUCCGUCGCCUGGCGUGCAGGCGUCCGCUGCUGAGACUGAGGCUCUGCUGGCCGUGCGCGAUGCACUCCUGUGGGAAGCAGCGGGGGAAGCAGGUGGGGGAACAGAGGCGGUAGCGUUGGUGAACGGCGGAAACAGCUCGUGGGCGGCGAUACUGAGCAGCUGGGAUGCGAGCAGCAGCAGCAGCAGCAGUGCGUGUGAGUGGUACGGCGUGGGGUGCACAGCAGACGGGCACGUGCACACGCUGCACCUGCUGGGGGACGCCACGGUCGCACUGCACCCAAACGUGGUUCCGGACAUGCCCGACUGCCAGAACGACCAGCUCGGGGACAUGUCAUGCGCCUCCGAGCCUCCCCACACCGCACACUUCUUCCUGCAGGGCCUGUCUGCCGGGAGCGGCAGCAGCAGUGCAAGUGGGAGUCUGUCGGAGGCGUUGGGGCAGCUGACGCAGCUCACCUCGCUGCGCAUCUCCGGGCACGCCCUCUCCGGCGGCCUGCCGUCGUCCCUCUCACGCCUCUCUCACCUCGUCGCUCUCGACCUCUCCUCCAACCGCCACCUCUCCGGCUCCAUCCCCCCCGCCCUCUUCGCCCUCCCCUCGCUGCGAGAGCUCUCCCUCCGCGGGAACAACCUCACGGGAGCAGCCCUCCCAAGCACCACUGCAGCAGCGGCAGCGCUGGCAAUGGCGAGUUUGGAGAGUCUAGACGUGGGGGGGAAUGCUCUGUCGGGGUCCAUAGCAGCGCGGGUGAGUCUUCUGGCGGGGCUGACGCGCCUGGCGCUGGACCACAACCGGCUGGACGGCAGCUUGCCAAGGGAGCUCGGCGCGCUCUGGAUGCUCACAGACCUGCACCUGCAGGGGAACGCCUUUCAGGGCGGGCUCCUUGAGGUCGCCACUGCCAUCGACCCCCCUGCCGACGCCACGGCUGCUGCUGCUGCUGCUGCUGCUGCUGCUGCAGGGGGGGUUGUUCCCUCAUCCCGGCCACGUUACCCGCAGAGCCUGACCAAAGUGUUCCCGCUGCUCGACUCCCUGGACGUCAGCAGCAACCAGCUGUCCAGUGACGCCAAUGUGCUCUUCGUCCCCUGGGACGCAAACUACAGAGCGUAUGAGCUCAAGCACCCCUUCCCGCGCAUGCGCUACCUGAACGCGUCGCACAACAACCUCACAUUCCAGUACGAGCUGAACGUGCAGACGAUUGCAUCCGUGGUGGACCUCUCCCACAACCGAAUCACUGGCACGGUGGACGACAUGAUUGGCGUGGCCUACUGGCCGCACGCGUUGAUGGAUGUGCUGCGCCUGUCGCACAACCAGCUGUCGGGGGAAGUGCCCUACUGGCUGCUGAAAAGAGUGGGUGGGGAGCUGGACCUCUCCCACAACCUGCUCUCGGGCACGCUGGACGAUAUAGUUGAAGUGCCCUGGUGGCCCAAUGGGUUGAUGGAUGUGCUGCGCCUCUCACACAAUCAACUGUCGGGGAAUGUGACCUCGUAUCUGCUGAGAUCGGUGGGUAGAGAGCUGGACCUCUCCCACAACCUGCUCUCCGGCACGCUGGCGGCGCUGAAUCCAGCAAUGACCGCCAUCAACCUCUCCCACAACAACUUCUCUGGCGCCAUCCCGCCUCUCCAUGGUGCCCUGGAGUCAUGUGACUUGUCGCACAACCAGCUGGACGGGGCAGUCCCCCCGCUGGGGCCGAAAGUGGCGCACGUGAACGUGAGCUGGAAUAGCCUGACUGGGCUCAACGCGUCAGUGCUUCUCCAGGAUGCGAGUGCACUGCGCAGCCUGGACGUGUCCCAUAAUGCCAUCACCGGGGAGCUGCCCGCUGUGGGUGAGAGCAGCGGCAGCAGCAGCAGCAGCAGUGGGGUCACGAGCCUCACCUACCUCGACCUCUCCUUCAACUCCUUCUCUGGCGCCCUUGCACAACAAAACCUGCCAUUCCCAACCACAGGCGAAUGCAGUGUGAUGCAGAGCGGUGCGGAGGUGCGGCUGAGCCACAAUGCACUGACUGGGAGCAUCCCGGAUGCUGUCUUGUCCCCGUGCCUCUCCCUGUUGGACCUCUCCCACAACCACCUCUCCGGCCCCAUCCCAGACCCUCUCAAGGCCGACAACCAGAGCACCUCCCAUCCCGCUCUUUCCCACUUGGACCUCUCGUCCAACCAGCUCACAGGACCCAUCCACGAUGCUCUCAUUACCAGCCUCACAGAACUAACUCACCUGAGCCUCUCCCACAACCAGCUCUCUGGCUCCAUCCUGCCUCUCUCUGCCUGCCCUCGCUGCACUCACAUGGAUCUCUCUUACAACCUCUUAACUGGCGCCAUUCCUGACAUACUCCAAGGCACCACUCAGAACUCCUCCCGUCUCCCUCUUUCCCACUUGGACCUUUCGUCCAACCAGCUCACAGGACCCAUCACCGAUGCUCUCACCACCAGCCUCACUGGUCUAACUCACCUGAGCCUCUCCCGCAACCAGCUCUCCGGUUCGCUCCUGCCUGUGACUGCCUGCUCUCGCUGCACUCACGUGGACCUCUCUUACAACCUCCUCUCCGGUGCCAUUCCCCCCCUCCUCGCCUCCUCGACCUCCCCUCUUGCCCACCUCAACCUCAGCAGCAACCAGCUCUCGGGUUCACUGCCGCGCUCGCUCACCCUGGCCCCCAUGCUCACCCAUCUGGACCUCUCACGCAACAAUCUCAAAGGCUCCCUGCCUGCCUUCUGCCAGGGCAAGCAGCGCCUCGCCUCUCUCCUCCUCUCCUCCAACGCUUUCUCUGGCCCCCUUUCCUCCCUCCUCCCCUCCUCCUCCUGCGCCUCCUCCCUCGUCUCCCUCAACGUCUCCACCAACCAGCUCUCCGGCUCGCUCCCCGCAUCCCUCUCGCGCUUCACCGCGCUGCACUCCUUGCAGACGGCGCGCAACCGCAUGAGCGGCAGCAUCCCUGCAGGGCUGGCGUCCCUGAAGGCCCUGCAGGAGCUGGACGUGUCGUGGAGCGGGCUGUCAGGCACCAUCCCUGCGCGCCUGCGUGCUGCUGCCCCCUCCCUGCAAGUGCACCUCGCUGGCAACGCCCUCUCUGGCUCCGUCCCCUCCUCCCUCUCCGACCUGCCCACCACCUGCUUCCGCCCCGGCAACCCCAAGCUCUGUGGGAAACCCCUGCCUGACUGCAAGAAGAGCUCUACCAAGCCUAGGAAGGCUCCUGCUCUUGCGCCUGUUGCUGCAGGGGCUCCUGGUCUCCGCCAGUUGUUGACCCCCGUGGUGGCAGGCAUGGAGUUUCAGGCGGAGGGAGGAGUGGCGGUGGCACAAUAUCCUCCUCUCCUUCUUGCUGCUGAUGCUCCUCCCUUUGCUAUUACUGCUCACUUCCCCUACCCAGCAGGAGAAAUCCCUCUCCUGCAGGCGCGCGUGCCCGAGGCAACUCUUGGGCACCUGUG